AUGGCCCAUCCCACUUCGCAGGAUGCCAUCACGGUAGAACCCGUCGAGAAUGGCCGGGAUCCCACCACGGAAAAGGCCGCUCAAUUCCUCGCCAGUGUCGGGGAGCAUCAUACGUUCACCGUGGAGGAAGAGAAAGCAGUGUUGAAACGCAUCGAUCGACGCAUCCUGCCUUUAAUCCUUGGUGCUUAUUUCUUCCAACAGCUCGAUAAGUCUUCUCUCUCCUACGUCUCCAUCUUCGGCAUUGUGGAGGACGCCAACCUCCAGGGUCAGGAGUAUUCCUGGUUGGGAUCCAUCCUCUACUUGGCCCAGCUGGUAAUGCAGCCCCUAGCGGCCUUUCUGCUCGUCAAAGCACCCACGGGCAAGCUGAUUGGGUCUGCUAUUUUCCUCUGGGGAAGCUCCUUGACGAUCAUGGCUGCUUGCACCGAUUUCAAAAGUCUCCUGGGCCUUCGAUUCGCCUUGGGGUCCUUCGAGGCGAUGAUCGCCCCGUCAUGCGUUGCCGUCACCCAGAUGUGGUGGCGCCGAAGUGAGCAGACGAUGCGCACAGCCUGGUGGAACAUGAUGAACGGCGUGACCUUCAUUGUGGGAAGUCUGUUCACCUACGGGCUCGGGCACAUUCACAGCGACGUUCUCUUCUCGUAUCAGAUCAUUUUUAUGUUCUGUGGGCUGCUGACAGUGGCCUACGCCUUUGUCGUGCUGCUUCUUAUGCCUGACUCGCCCAUGGAAGCGAAAUGUCUCAACGAACGCGAGAAGGUCAUCGCAGUCGAACGGCUGCGGGCCAAUCAGAUGGGGAUCAUCUCGCGGCAAUGGCGCUGGGACCACGCCCGGGAGACGCUGUAUGAUAUGAAGACGUGGUGUUGGUUUUUCUUGAUCGUUGCGAUCUCGAUCCCCAGUGGUGGUAUCAGCACUUUCGGCAACCUGAUCAUCAAGUCUUUCGGGUACAAUGCCUUCCAAACCAUCCUCUUCAACAUCCCCUUCGGCGUCAUCCAGGUGGUGGCCAUCCUGGGCGGCGGUUGGCUGGCGACGCGAUUCCAACGCAAAGGACUAGUCAUUGUCGGUUUUGCCAUGAUCGCCGCCGUCGGCACCUUGCUGAUGAUUGUCGUGCCGCGAGAACAGAAGGGGGUGUUGCUGUUCGGAUAUUAUCUGGUCUCCUGCCUGGCGGCCAUCACGCCCUUGGUCUACGCAUGGGAGGCGCAGAACACCGCCGGCGACACGAAGCGAAAAUGCACCUCGGCGGUGGUGCUGAUCGGCAUGUGUACGGGGAAUGUCAUCGGCCCUCAGCUGUAUUCCACCUCGCAGGCCCCCUUGUACCGGCCGGGACUGAUCUCGAAUUUGAUUCUGUUUGUGAUUGUCGCCGGGAUCGCCAUAAUCACGAACUUGUAUCUUGUCUUCCUGAACAAGAAACACGCGAAGAAGCGCGAGGCGCUGGGCAAAUCGGCCCGGAUUGUCGACGAGUCCAUGAUGACGCAAGACAAGCGGGAGGCCGGUAAGGCCGUGGAGUUGGAGGACGUGACGCCGCCAGCGGCUGAGGACAAGGGUUUCCUCGAUACUACGGACUUGAAAAACGAGGACUUCAUUUUUGUUUACUAA